CCAACCCAUAGGCCCCACCCCUACCAAACGAGGCACGUUUGUUUGUGGUGUGAAUGACAGAGCCCUAGUAGAGCGCCUCUGAAGUUGCUUGAAGUGAAGGGUUUAUUCCGUGCACGAAGAAACAGGGAUUGACAAAAUGUCUUCUACUGAGCCCAUCAUCAGAUCGAGACAGACAGAGAAAGAAGUCAAUGGAAUUUCAACACAGGUCAUCUGUACAGAGUUCAGCAAUUACAUAUUCAUAGUUCUCACUCAAUACGGUAAAAUUGGGACAUUGAUGUCCGUCACACCUGACUCCAGAUCCAAUGAUAUCAGCACGCCAAUGUUCUCCACCAAAGUACUGCUGGGCAAAGACGAGCCUCUGACACAUGUCUGUGCCAAAAACCUGGCAACGUUUGUGUCGCAAGAAGCUGGAAACAGGCCUGUCUUACUGGGUCUGGCACUCAAGGAUUCCUCCAUAGAUGCAAUAAAACAAAUGAAAGAGAUCAUCAAAAGUUGUCAAGUCUGGUAGUGAGCUAACAAAUGGACGUGAAGCAUGAAGGCUUAAUGAUUUAAAGACCUUCUGAGUGCCCCCAGACUAUUUCAACUGAAAGGAUUUUAGUCUUUACUAAAUGCUCCAAGACAGAAAUGUAUAAAUCCAGUUUAAUUAUUCUGAUUAGAUUAGUGAGUUAUGUCUUCUGGAAAACAUAAUUUUCGGUUUAUCUGGUUGUAAAUAACGAUUUUGUGCAAGCCACCGUGCCCUCAAAAAUGGAGGAAUGUGCAUUGAUUUAAAUUACAUUUGGCAAAAUGAUGGCCAAUAGCUCCAGUUUCAUCACCUUACGAAAUACAUAUUGACCUUAAUGUUUUUGUUUUGUUAUUUGCAAUAUUUUAUACUGCUUGUUAUUUCAUGUUUUAGAAUUCAAAUCUUUGAAAUUGUUCCCUGAAAAGAAUCUAGAAAUAAAACAGGUCACGUCUAAAAUGUCUGUCUUUGUUUCGGUUUAGCACUCUCAUGACAAAAAGCAGCAUUAAAGAGUUUCAACAGCAA